GCCUGCGCGAAGUUUUGCUGCGCGACUAUGGGCUGGGCCUUUUGCACAUGAUCGGGCCAAAGCCACGCAUACCAUCAAAGCUAAUGAGUGUCUUAAGAAUCAUCGCCAUCGAGGAUUCUGAGACAGAGAUGUUUAUGGAACGAACUGUCACAGAUAUGGUGACAUUGAAGAACGAGGUUUGCGCUCUAAACAUGCUCAUAGGGAUUGUUGAUGUCCAUUUACAACCAUUGCUCAAGGAACCAGAACUGCCUUCCGCAGAACUUGGCUGGAGCACCUCCCCUUACACAGUAGAACAGGAGGCGAAAGCCGCUGCCCGCCUGAAGGAGAGAAGAGAGAAGAAGGAGGCUAAGAAGAAGGCCCUAUUGGAAGAACAGGCGGCGAAAUUAAAGAAGAUUGAGGAGGAGAUGGUCAGAGAGAGGGAGAGGCUAAAGAGAGAAGAAGAAGAGAAGCUCAAAGCGGUAGAAGAGGAGGAAGAGGAGGACGAACAGCUACAAGAAAGGCGAAGGGCAGGAGGAAGAGGUGAAUCCAGUGGUACCAAGGAAGACCAGAUGGAGAAGAAGAUUACGGAGUGGGUUGCUGGCCUAUCCCUGGGAAAAGAAGAAGAGGCACUGAUGUAUGUGCCCAGGGAAGAACAAGAGGCCGCUAUGAGAGCGUGGGAUGCCGAAGAAGACCCACUCAAGCGGCAAGCUAUGGAGGAUGAGAAAAGGAUGGAGUGGAAAUUCCGAUUGAUGAGGGAGAGGAAAAGAAGAAUGGAUGCGGCGAGCGAGGCGGCGAAAGAGUUGGAAGAGGUGAAGAAGCAGAGAGACCAGAUGGCGACGCAAGUAGACUUGUUGGGGAAGAUGGAAGUAAUGGCGAAAAACAUAGAGCGCUUGGCACGGGUCCAGGAAGAACAAUACCUGUUUGGUAGAGAUAUGGCGGCAAGGAUCCGGAGCGACAGACAUGGUUCUUCCAACGAUUCUUUGUCCUCAACAAAUGGAGCAAUUCUGCUGGCGCCAUUACUCGGUGGUAACACGGCAAGUAGCUCAAAGGCGAUCGUUCCGUAUCAAGAACCUCAAAGCAUGAACUACGGUGGCAAUGAGAGAAGCUACAAUGGAGGGUACAACAACAAUCGAGGCAACAAUGGUGGUUAUAACGGGGUGGAGGUGGUGGAGGAAAGCCCUCCUGAAGCUCCGUCGCGAGGGAAGCAGAAAGCCGAGUUGCAGACUAAUGCCAUGUACAUGCCCAAGGAUAUGGAUGGGUUGUACAAGGCGUACAAAGAAGCUCUGGCAGUGAAAGAGAUGGCACUUAGAGAGGCUGAAUGCCUUAAAGAACGAAUGGUGAAUGCAAGCGCCUCCAAGAUUCAAAUGUCAUUGCGGAAGUCCGUAGCAGCCAAACGAACGACUCCGAGAAAUCUGAAGACCACUCUUGAUUUUGUCGACAUCGAUUCUGACGAUGAGAAAGAGGGUGAAGAAAACAUGCAGAAAGAGGGAAAGAUUGGUGGGAUUGUGGAUGUGGCUCAUGAGUUGGAGAAAACUAAGCUUCAGAGCUUUCGGGAAAAAAGGAUGAAAGAGUUGAGAUCGGGGAAGAAGCAUGAUUUAGAAGAAACUUCGCAAAUAAGAGGGAAUUUCAUACAUCAAGCUAGACCAGGCGAAAACGGACAUCGCUGAGAUACGAGCCAGGCGUGACUUCGACGAAUGGGUCAAAUCGAAAUCGGCGCAAGACGAUCAGGAUGAUCAGGAUCUGCAAUACUCCACUUCAGUUGAGGGUCACAACGAUGGCCAGGGGGACUCCCUAAGCGCAUCGUAUCUACUAUCUAUGGAAUCUUGCAUUAUUGUGUCGUGACUAUCGAGGUUCAUUGCCUAAUGAAGAAAUAAUGUAUAUUUUCAGGCUUGUAGUUAUUCUUUUGAUUAUCUCUGGUCAGAUUAGAUGGGGAGAUAAAUUAUAGUCUCUUCU